CCCUCGAAGUCGAAAAACAAAAAUAAAUAAGAUAUAUAAAUUGAAAAGAACAUUUUCGUAUAAACGACGUCGUCAAAUAGCGCUCUGCAAAACCCUAGAUCGUAAAUUCAAUUAUGGCGAUUGCAAGAACUGGAGUUUUCGUUGAUGAUUACUUGGAAUAUUCGAGUACAUUGCCUGCUGAGCUUCAAAGGCUUCUUAACACCAUUAGAGAACUUGAUGAACGUUCACAAGGAAUAAUAAAUCAGACUAGGCAGCAGACCAAUUACUGCCUAGGGAUAGCUUCUCAGAGUCAGGGAUCAAGGAAAAAUUAUUAUGAUGAUGAUGAGGCUUUUGAGAAGCUGAGGAAGGAGAUUGAAGCAAACCAGGACAAUGCCUUAAGCCUUUGCACUGAGAAGGUUUUACUUGCUCGACAAGCUCAUGAUAUUAUAGAUAGCCACAUAAAGCGCUUAGAUGAAGAUCUUACCAACUUUGCUGAAGAUCUUAAGCAAGAGGGAAAGCUACCUGCAGAUGAACCUCCUAUCCUUCCUCCAUUACCUUUGGUCCUUAAGACUGAGAAGCGCAAAGCACCGUAUAUAACACCUCAAUCAAAGAAGUUUGAAUACAGGGACUGGGAUUGGGACCGAGAACGUGACAGAGAUUAUGAUCUUAUGCCGCCUCCUGGCAGUCAUAGGAAAGAUUUUGCUUCUCCUGUUGAUGUUGAUCAACCCAUUGAUCCGAAUGAACCCACCUACUGUGUGUGCCAUCAGGUAUCCUUUGGAGAUAUGAUUGCUUGCGACAAUGAAAAUUGCCAAGGAGGUGAAUGGUUUCACUAUACAUGUGUUGGGCUCACACCAGAAACAAGAUUUAAAGGGAAGUGGUACUGUCCAACAUGCAAACAAUCACCAAAUUGAUUACAAGUACGCUGCCUUUUAUUUGUGCUGGAAUUCCUUCCACAUUAAAUUUUUUGAAGGGAUCUUUCGUAGGUUAUGUUCCCCUAGUUCUGUUUCGAUAUAGAAAUGUACCUAUUGGGUAAUGGUCAAAUUCGGUCCCUUAGAUAUAUGAAAAAGGGAGAGCGCGAAAAAGGGGUGGUUGGAGAAGUGCAUUGCCUGUUUGCUAAUAUAUCGUGAUCCCUGUUUUAAAGUUACAGGAUGAGAUUGCUCUGUACAUGUAUAAGUAUCUAUCAGAGGGAUCAAGUUUUGUUGACACUGCAUAAUGAACUCCAAAGGUUGCUAUUUUGUUUGGGGAUGCCUUUUCAUUUCUUUUUGGAGUGGUAAACAAGAGAGUAAUUAGCAUUUUUGUGAGUGGUAUCACUUAGCAAUGGUUAGUAAUAUGUAUUUUCACCUUAAUGUAUCACUUAAAUAUGGGAAAACAUGGUUUAUUGCA